AUGGUCGCGCUUACCUCGAGCUCUCGUCUGGUUCGGCAGCCUGAUCGUUCCAAAACUGCAUCCCACUCACCAAAGCGCGAAUCGCAUCGUGCCUUGCGCGACCACACCAUGGCGCCGAUACGACAGACAAAGCACUCGCGUGGCGUCCGGUCAGCCAAAGAUCCCCGAGGCAUCUACGCCCCACCUGCUACCUCCUUCGCACCUGCAGACGACACGCUCGCCGCGCCUUCCACUUCCACAUCCAACACCCUCACACAACACCGGGACGCCGACGACGACUUCACCUCCUUCAAAACCACAAAAAAGGAUAAGCGUGGGAUACGACAUGAGACUCUUUUGGCAAAGGCACGUGAGAGCUCACGGAAAGGUGGGGCGGCGGGAAGGGUGGUGAAGAGGAGACGAGCGGGGAGGAAGCUGAAAGUUGACUUGGGUGGGUUGGGGGAUGCGCUGCCGGAGGCUGGUGAAGGUGGCGGUGGUGGUGGCGGUGGCGGAGAUGGGGAGACGGACGAAUGGGUCGGCCUUAGCGAUGACGAGGAUGCUGAGAUGAAUGGUGAUGUGCCUGCCGGAUUGAGAAAGGUGCGGAAGAAGAAGCCAAUGCGGGCGGAUGGUGGAGCAGUGGGGGGUGGGAAGAUGGUCAUGAAGUCCCUUCGUCAUCGGCCUGGUGCUAUGAAGCGGAAGGGUGUGAUGGAGGAGAAGGAGAGGGAGAGGUUUGGGCGCAAUUUGGCGGGCAUGGUUGGGAGGGUGGCGCCGAGGAGUGCGGCUGUCGGAGGCGGCGCUGGUGCUGAGAAGGCUGGAGAGGGCAGUCAGCAAGCGGAGAAAUGGGCAGCGCUCAGACGAUUCAUUGGCGGGACGAUGGAGAGGAGUGCUGCUUUUGGUGGCGAGAAGACAUGA